AUGGCCCGUGGCCCUGUUCGGACGAGCCCGGGACCGGGGCCCCGGCUGCUCCCGCUGCUGCCUCUGCUUCUGCUGUUGCUCCGGGACGCAGGCGGCAGCCACCAGGCGCCCGCCAGGUCCGCCCCGCCUGCAGCCGCUGAUGGCCUGGCUGGGAUCAAAGACCCCUGGCGGUCCCCGGGGGAGGCCGCCGCCACUCUGGGCCCCGGCGCCCAAGACAUGGUCGCUGUCCACAUGCUCCGGCUUUAUGAGAAAUACAGUCGGAGGGGCGCGAGGCCGGGAGGGGGCAACACGGUUCGAAGCUUCCGUGCCCGGCUAGAAGUGGUCGACCAGAAGGCUGUGUAUUUCUUCAACCUGACUUCUAUGCAGGAUUCAGAAAUGAUCCUCUCGGCCACAUUCCACUUCUACUCGGAACCUCGGUGGCCCCGGGCACGAGAGGUGCCAUGCAAGCAGCAGGCCAAGAAUGCCUCCUGCCGCCUCCUGCCCCCGGGCCUGCCUGCACGCCAACACCUGCUCUUCCGCAGUCUCUCGCAGAACACAGCCACGCAGGGUCUGCUCCGCGGGGCCAUGGCCCUGGCGCCCCUGCCACGGGGCCUGUGGCAGGCCAAGGACAUCUCCCCUAUCGUCAAGGCAGCCCGCCAGGAUGGCGAGUUGCUCCUCUCUGCCCAGCUGGAUCCUGGGGAGAAGGCCCCAAGGGUGUCCAGGCCAAGCCCCCACGCGCCUUACAUCCUCAUCUACGCCGACGACCUGGCCAUCUCAGAACCCAAUAGUGUGGCAGUGACGCUGCAGAGGUAUGACCCCUUCCAGGCUGGAGACCCGGAGCCCGGCGCAGCCCCCAACAGCUCAGCAGACCCCCGGGUCCGCAGGGCCACGCAGGCCACCGGGCCCCUCCAGGACAAUGAGCUGCCAGGUCUGGACGAGAGGCCAGCGCACGCCCCCCAUGCCCAGCACUACCACAAGCAUGAACUGUGGCCUGGCCCCUUCCGGGCGCUGAAGCCACGGCCAGGGCGCAAGGACCGCAGGAAGAAGGGCCAGGAUAUGUUCAUGGCCUCCUCGAGGGUGCUGGACUUUGACGAGAAGACGAUGCAGAAAGCCCGGAGGAAGCAGUGGGCCGAGCCAAGGGUCUGCUCCCGCAGGUAUCUGAAGGUGGACUUCGCAGACAUCGGGUGGAAUGAAUGGAUCAUCUUGCCCAAAUCCUUCGACGCCUACUACUGCGCGGGGGUGUGCGAGUUCCCCAUGCCCAAGAUUGUCCGCCCGUCCAACCACGCCACCAUCCAGAGCAUCGUCAGGGCUGUGGGCAUCGUCCCGGGCAUCCCAGAGCCUUGUUGUGUUCCCGACAAGAUGAACUCUCUUGGGGUCCUCUUCCUGGAUGAGAACCGGAACGUGGUUCUGAAGGUGUACCCCAACAUGUCUGUGGAGACCUGUGCCUGCCGAUAAGACCAGCCACUCCGGGAUGGAAGGAAACC